GUGUGUGUGUGUGGGAGAUGAAGGUGUUUGGUCUGUGGUCAGUGAAUUUUCUCUUCCUUGUCUCUGCAGAAACCACAAACACACUGGAUACGGUGUCAGGAAGCAGCAAACCUGCACCGCUCAGUGUUGAAGUGUGUGUGAAGAGCUCGUGGAGUUUAGAGGUGCGAUGGGCCGAGCACGAAAGUACCACAAGCUCAGCGCAAACCUACCAGGUCCAAAUUGGGCAAAGUGAAGAUUUUAAUAUUGUUGCUCAGAGUAAUGUGAGCAAGAAGGCUGGAGUUCAGUAUGUGUCGUGGGUUUGGACCUCAGCGCUGCCACUCCAGUGUGCUGAUCACUCCGUACGGAUUAGACGCGUUCCCGGCUCAUGGACUGACUGGAUGACUCAUUACGGUCAAUGGAAUGUUAGCUCCAACAGACUGAGGUUAUUCCCAACAGAGGAGGUUUUACAGGAAGGAUCGUCUGUCUUCUUCUGCUGUAUCCCUCCUGAUGGAGCUCAAGUUAUGGCCCUCCACUUUUCCAACACGCUGUACCCGCUAAUCAACAUCAGCCACCGUGUCAGAGCCAUCAGAGUGCUCGGACUCAACACCACGAAGUUUGGCGUGAAGCUCACAUGUCAGGACAACUCAGGAAACGAGCGAUCGGUGUUAAACUACAUCACCUUUCCUCCUGAGAAGCUGAAGAACCUGAGCUGUGAGACAAGGAACCUGAAGAACAUUGUGUGUUCGUGGACGCCGGGCAGAGAACCCAACCUGAGCAGUGUUCGGAGACGCCGAUACACACUCCACAUCCUGAACCUGGAUGGAGUGAUAUUCCCAUGUGGUAACCGACCUUCCUCCUGUGAGUUCCCUGUUCUUCCAGAUCUGAUCUUCUACAACAUCUCUGUGGUGGUGAACAACAGCUUGGGGGAGGAGAGAGAGAGCUACGCUUUCAACAUCACACACAGAGUGUUUCCUGUCCUCAAGGAUAUGGCUGUGAUUCCAGGUGCACUUGAUGCUGAAGUGUUUUGGACAUUAGAUGGGAAUUUUACAGGCCUGCAGUUAACAUGUCAGAUCACUGUGGAGCCAAUAAACACAACCACAGAGUUGCAGUGUGUAGGUGUGGAAUGUGUGAGGAAUCUCAAUGUGUGUGUGAAGCAGCUGCAGCCGAGCUCUCAUUACUCCACCAGAGGGCGCUGUGCAGUGCAGCACAACAGCUGGAGCUCAUGGAGCGCAACAUACACCUUCAGCACAGAGCCGCUGGUGACGCUGGAUGUCUGGAGGAGGAUGGAGGAGAACCACCACAGGCGCAGGAUCAGGGUUCUGUGGAGAACUUUCAGCAGCAGUUCACACUCCACCAUCGAGGUGUAUGAAGUGUGUGUGCAGCAGCAGGAAGAGAGCAGAGUGUGUGUGAACAUCACAGAGAUGCAGACUGACGUUAAAGUGGGGGACGGAGUGUGUGACGUGUCAGUCAGAGCGAUUACACACACAGGACUGUCCCUGCCAUCUUCUAUUACAGUUCCUGCACUGAACACAGACCCCACCCUAAAGCAGAAGAGGAUUGUGGGUAAUGCAGAUGGUGUCCUGUUGACCUGGUUUGAACUCUCCUCAGCUACAUGUGGCUACACCCUGGAGUGGUGCAUGAUGGAUAAUUUGGGAUCAUGUGACCUGCACUGGAGGAAAGUCUCAGCUAAUCAGACGUCCUCAUUCCUCAGCGCAGAGGAGUUGAGAAUGGGCUGUAGAUACAUCUUUAAUAUCUACAGCUGUCACUCAAAUGGACAUCAGAUUCACGAGAGAUACAUUGGAUAUCUGAAAGAACAGAAGCCCCUGCAGGCUCCUGAUGUGCAUUUAUCUCCGAGUGUAAGUUCUCAUUCCAUCACACUCAAGUGGAGCUUUGAUGAGGAAAAUUGUGCUCACCCCGGAUUCAUCACAGGAUACACACUGACUGUACUCACUGAACCAGAUAACACACACGGUGUGUACAGUGUGACAGUAGAUGAUCCUCACUGUAAGAGUGUGACAGUUGAAGGUCUGUGUGAGUCUCAGCGUUACACACUUCAUCUAGCUGCCUGUACCAAAGCUGGCUGUGGAACAGAGAGUGUGUAUACUGUUACAACACUGCCAAAAUAUUACUUGCUGGUUCUGAAAGUCAUGACACCUCUCCUCCUCCUGAUUGGCUGCUGCUGUUGUUUGUGGUCUUACAGAAACACUGUGAGAGGAAUCAUUGUAGAUGUGUUUAUUUUCCCUAAACAUCAUGACGUGAGGAUGAUGGAGCUGGAUGAUGAUGUGUAUAAGGUGAGUAAGGAGAUCGGCGCUGUGGUGGUGGAGGAGUGUGAAAGCUGUAAUGUGGAGCUCAUGGAACAGGAAACGCACACGCGCUCGUGCUUUGAGGCCGACUCAGAUAAUGAGGAGUUAAUGAUGGCGACCAACAUGAUGUACCUGCUGAUCUCCAACGCACCUGAACACGCAAAGCAUUGUGGGCCGAGCAGCAGCGGCUACAUCAUCUCUACAUCUACACACUGAGGCCAUAAACAGUUAAUGCACAAAUAAAAUAAAAUAAAAUAGAAUAUGAAUAAAAUGGAUCAGGAAACACGUCUGAGCUCACUCACGCUAAACACAUAAAAUAUAAACCUCUUCAUCAACAGCGAGCUCAGAGCUUCACCGCUUCAGUUUACACCUGCAGCAGGUUUGUGGCAUCAGAAGUCGGGAUUAAUGCUGUGAAGUGGUGUAGAAGUGAUGGUGCUUUGUGCACUAAUCCGUCCCAUCCUGCACCAGGAGAGCAGAGGAACUUAUAGCAGAUAACAGAUGUGGAUAAAAAGGAAAGAAAUGAAUUGUAGAUCAUUUCAAAUUAAUCAUCUUUAUUGUGUUCCAAAUGUAAAAAUGUUUACCUAUAAAUCUAAUAACCUACAAUAUUAGACAUUUUGCACUUUACACCGUGUAGUUUAUUAAUGAAGUGCUGUGGUAUUUUUGAGUGAAUUAGAAACGCCUGUAGCAGAAUUCUGCCUCCUGAGAUCUUGUAUCCUUCUCUGUCCUACAUUUCCUAUCGUCCUGAGCAGCAGCUUUUAAAAAUGGCAGCAGAAAACACCGAGAGAAGUGGAAUCGUUUAAAGCAGCCCUGAUAUUUAGAUUGAGGAUCAAACUUAAUAAUUUUUUUUGGAGGAACUAGAUGUUAAUUGUGUCCAUAAUCAGAGAGCAGCUCUCAGACGCUCCUCCUGCUCCAUCACUUCCUCAUCAAAACAGAGAAGAGCACUUACAUGCCCUGUACAGGUGACAGCACACGAAGGUUUUGAGGUUUAAAAUGGGCGUGGUACUUCUCUUAUUGCUGAUUUUUUGCUUCAUUGUCUCUGUUUUGUAUUUGAUGUUGUAUGUUCUUGUUUUCAACUCGGUGCUGCCUUUUCUUGGCCAGGGCUCGCUCGGAAAAGAGACUUUGUCUCAAUGUGAUUACCCUGAUUAAAUAAAGCAUAAAUAAAACAAAAUAAAAUAAAA